AUGGAGUUGCUGCCGCCGGUGUCGCCGCAGGUCUCCUGGCGCUCGGAAUCGGACUUCCUGCUGCGCAAGAAGGUCAUCGAUCAAAUUCGGGCGAUCUUCGGCCAGCGCCAAGCGUCCGCGCUCGUCCACGCCGGCUUCCCCGACUUUGUGAAGCGCCUCGAGCUGGUUUUGUACAAGAGCGCAGCCUCCAAGGAGGAGUACAGCAAUCCCGUGACGCUGCUGGACCGCCUGAAGACAGUGGCGUCCCAGCUGCAGUCCCCCAGGCCGCCCGCCGCCCCCGGCUUCCCCCAGGAAGGCGGCUUCCUCCCCCCGGACCUGUCCACCCCCUUCGCCACGCGCGAUGACGCGGCAUUCCGGGGCACCUGCGGAGGGCAGGCCAUGAGGAGCGCGUCGGACGUUUUCAUGCCCGCUCUGGACGACCCCUCCUUCCUGGAUCCCAGCCAGCGACCCAUGCCAGGCUUCCUGGGCGGCCCGGAGCUGCCCGGCGGCGUGGGUCACCCCCACGGCGCCCUGGCCGGCGACAAGAAGGCGCGGUUCAUGUCGAUGAUGCAGCCGGAGGCCGCCGCCAAGGCACUGAUGUCGUCCGAUAUGUCGGAGGACGGGUUCGUGUCGCACUUCGGCGAAACGUGGUCCACGUCCGGCGCGUCGUCGGUUGCGUUCGCGGGCGCGCCGGACUCCUCGCUGCUGCUGGGUGACCCCUCGCAGAUGUGGUACUCGGACGAGCUGGACAUGGGGCCGGACCACGGGAUGGAGACGCACUCGGGUGCCAGUCUGGACAGCGCGCCCAGGACGCCCCAGGGAGGAUUCUCGGGCGUCUCGCGCCCUGCGGCGGGCAGCAGAUGUGCUCAAAUUCCAGACUUGCCAAGGCGAGCUUCAUGCCUGUCAGAGUACGGUGGCAUUAGCAUGUCUCCAUGCAUGGACAGCGUGAACUUGUCCCCUCGGGUGGACGGUGUCACUGUCACUCCUCACCUGUCCCCUCGGAUUGGCGAAGGCGAAUUUUUGGGUCCUCCCCAUGCCUGGAAGCAGGACGAGGCUGCCAUGUGGGAGGUAACGGCAUCAGGGCAGGGGCCUCUGGCAGGGCGCCAAGAUUCGAGCCAGCAGCUGUUCACUGGUCCACAGCUUUGCCCAUCCUCAAGCUGGAGCGAUCCCACAGGAACGUGCGGCAGCAGCAUCGGCAUCAUGAACGGGCCAACGCUGGUUGGGUACAAUGACAACCUGCGCACUGGAACCACCCAAGCGAUGCGCCCUGGUCCUGUACCAGGCCUCAAUAACCGUUUUGCUGGGGUCGUCCCAGUGCAAGGGCCACCUGGCAGGGACCUGGCAGCAGAGGCAAGUAUGCCAGGGAUCACGCCACCACUGGAGUAUUCCGGUGCGGGUGUGAUGGGCGGACAGCAGCCUGCAGGGACGGAAAAGCUGGGAACAGGACUGCAGGUUCCUGUGUCCGAUGGCAGGGCUGGCAGGGAUUCGAUGGGUGAAGAGUUCUUGAAGUCAGAGGGCCAGAUGAGGAAGUACACGCUCAGCCGCAUAGCCGAGGCAAAGGCAGUGGAACCGAAAAAAUGCAAGCUCCUGGGAGACAUUCCAGAGAAUGCUGUGGCUGGGUGCAGCAUGCCCGGUGCUGGAGCAGAUGGUUGUGACAGUAAGCAAGCAAGGCAGGUGGCCAAGAACAGCAUGCUCCCCCCGCGCCCGACCCAUUCAGGUAGCCCCAGGGAUGUGACGAAGUUCUCAUUUCCACACCGGGCCAUUGCGGAAGGGUCGCAGGAGGGGAUGAGCAGCAACAGUGGUGCGAAAGACGAACUGGUGCAUGCAUACAGUUGCAAGAGACAAGCAUGUAGCCUGAUGUGCCACCACCUCAGGCUUGUGUUUGAUCAUGCCAAGACAUGUGCUAAUCGAAAGCCAACAUGUGGGAAUUGUCGGUGGCUGGGCAUGCUGCUCAGCCUGCAUGCAAGAAACUGCCAUGAUCCGGACUGCCCUAUGCCUUGCUGCAAAAAAUAG